AUGCCGGUGGUCCAGAUGCCAUCAGCACGUGUGACGGCCCGGCACGCCCCGUGUACUAAGCCUACCGUGCCUGCCCGGCCCAUUUGGCCACGCCUGCAACCAGCAGCGUCCGCCUGCACGCCCGCUAGCGCCGCCCCAGUCCCCACGCCCCUUUCCCCUCCGGCCCUCCCCUCACACAGAGCUCAAACAAAAUACCCACGCGCAAACACACACACACACACACACACACACACACACACACACACACGCCAUGGCGACCUUGCUGUCGAUCCACGAGAAGGCCACCGCCGUCGUCGACCUUUACGUGCCCACGCGGAGCGCGACGCGGCCACCGCCGACGACGACCUCCGCGCCGUGCGCGACCUCCGCGCCGCAGCGGUCGAGAGCCCCUCCCUCCCGGGCCCGCUCUCCCUCGACCAGCGCCGCGACGCGCUCCUGGCGUACGCCCGCGCGCUCGCCGUCGUGGCAUCUCGCUUCCUCAUCUCCCCCGACCGCGAGCACGUCCGGACCUUCUCCUUCACCUGGCACGACGCCUUCAACAUGAACCAGAAGGUGUGCCUGCACUCUGUUCAUCUCGAGAGGGCCGCCGUGCUCUUCAACCUCGGCGCCGUCUACUCGCAGAUCGCGCUCGCUGCAGAUCUCAACACCGACAUCGGGAUCAAGAGCGCGUGCGGCGCGUUCGAGAGCGCCGCGGGAGCGUUCGCGGAGAGUGGGCUCGCUGCUAAGGCCGUCGCCGCCGGGGCCAUCACCGUCGAUGUGACGCCCGAGUGCACGGGCAUGUUGGAGAAGCUCAUGCUGGGGCAGGCGCAAGAGUGCUUGCUGGAGAAGUUCAUAGCUGGGGGGAAACCGCCCGAGCUAUGCUCCAAGGUGGCCCGCCAGGUGGGCAUAUUCUAUGAAGAAGCUUACCGAGCUCUAUGUGCACCUCCUCUUAGUCAGCACUUUGACAAGACAUGGAUUUCUCAUAUCCAGAUGAAGGCUGCUCAAUUCCAUGCAGAUGCAUGCUAUAGGUGUUCACUGGAUCUGCAUCAGGCAGAGGAAAUUUCUGAAGAAAUUGUGCGCCUACAGAUUGGAAUGAACGCCUUGGCUGAUGCCAAGAAAACAGCUAAGGGAGUUGCUGCCCCACUUUUGCAUUCUGUGUAUAAGCUGGAGAGUAACAUGAAAACCAACUUGGAGAGGGCCAUGAAGGAGAACAAUAGUAUGAAUCUGUUGCAGAUUCCAGAUGUGGGUUCUUUGGGAGCUCUCCCUGCAGCUUGUCUUGUCAAAUCCACUUCUCUGGCUGUAGCUCUAGGUGCUAGCGAACAGAGGCCGUUUUCACCACUUGUGCCUGAAGGCAGCAUGUGCGAUGCAGAGAAGCUCCAGCAGUCUAGUGAGAUCUCUGGAGUUAGGCUAAAGGAAAUGGAUCCAUCUGGUGUUCUUCCAUCACUGGAAGGCAAUGUCAGCUUAUCUGUAGAUCUGAAAGCAGGUGGUGAGGCUGUACAGAUAAGGGGUAGUCCUUCUGGCCUGGAAGCCGAAAUGCAGCUUAGGGAUUUGAAUAGGGUCAGUGAAGACUUGCUUGUUCAGACUGAGGAGGUGCUACAGAAGGAGGCAUGUCAAGAUGCUCAAUUUUGGACGCAAGUUGGUGCCUUAUCUACAGAUGAUUACAUGUGCAGGCUGAUUCAAUUGGCAUCCCCAUUAGUGCCCUCAUCCAUAUUGGAUGUACCUAAUGAUAUCCUGUUGGUUAUUGCUGACCUUGUUAGGCCCCCCUACCAGCUAGAGAGGAUGCGGCUGGUUUGCAAGGCAUGGAGAAACUUUCUUGAAAGUAGACUGGGGCCUUAUCUUGUCAUCUCCUGUGCAAACCCUACACACCUUGAUCAAGUUCAUCUUCUUCAGCUUCCGGAGGCUCCAGCUGCUGCUGCUGCCAUGGUACCAAUGCUUGCGAGGUCCUUUGAUCCCAUCCUUCCGCCGGUAGGGACAGCUUGUUGGGGUUCUGCUCAAGGUUUGAUUGCGAUGGUACAUGGUGAACCAUAUGAGAGAAUAAUAUUCUUACACUGCAUUCAUUGUGGUGAAAGGAUGCCGCUUCCACCCUAUGCAGCGGAAAUGAUACCGAGGGGUAUUUUCUUUAGAGCUGCUGCUCUCCAUGAUCACCUUGUGAUUUCAUGGGUUCAUCAGAUUGAUCAGCCCCAUCUUUUGAAUGAUGCUAUCGAUUGGAAUGACAUUGAAGCUGGGAAUUAGUGGUUCCCGUGCAUCGGGUAUGAGCCCUUUGGGGCAUCAUCUGUUGCCUUCUUACCCAAUGUGCUCAUGGGCGUCGUUGUAGAGCAGGGAUUCAUUGUGCUUGAUGAGGUUGGCAGGCCAGUUCAAGACUUGGAGGCAUUGAUUAUGGUUCAAAUACCACCAGUACACAACUCUCUGGUACCAUGGGAGGAAAACCACAGGCACAUCUUUGUCUGCGAGGGGAGGUUGUACCUCUGCCUUCUCUUUGAUAAAUAUGCUGGUACAGUUCAAGAAGGAGAUACACCAGUGCGUGUCCGCCUCUUUGAGCUGGUCAAUGAUGAGAACAGUUACCGCCUCAUCCCUUCGGAGUCGUUGGGUCCACAUUCAGUUUUCCUUGGCCCGAACCAGGCCAUUGUGCUGCCAGCAGUUGAACGUCACGCCGGCAGGCAGCCCAACACCAUUUACGUCCAAGAUUGUUGUCUCAUGGGCUGCCAUUCGAGGGUUCUCGCCGUUAACUUGUCAACUGAAGCUGUUACAGUGAUUGACUAUCCUACCUCUUUGGCUGCCUCUUUAGCUGCAGAGUGGGAUAUGAAGCUUUCAGUAUGGACCUGCUCUCCACGGGAGAAUCAGAUAUUUGGUCACUGCUAGGGGCAGUAGCCUGCAAAAUAUUCAGAUGGCACGUACUGACUAUGGCUUGGUUGAUUGCUGCUCUUCCUUCGUAAGAUUCUUGGCUUGUGGCUUCGUUGGUAGCUGAUGCGAGGUGCUAGUCUACUUGGUGUGUGGUCCGUAUGGAAGUGACUUGCUGCUGCUGGGUGCUGGGCUACCGACCGUGAGCUUGCUGGUUGCUGCUGUGUCUUGGUGAUUUGCUGCUAGUGGUUGCCUAGCCUGCUUACUGCUAAUGUACUGUGUAUUGGUGCAAUGGUGGCUGUGCUGUUUGAGUACAACGCUUGAACUUUAAAUUGUGUUUUGGUCCUCCAUGAAAUUUAAGAGUUGAGAAAACCAUUUGAAAGGCCUCA